AUGCAGUCAUUCUUCAACAAGCCAUCCUGGGCGACUGUAGACGGAGGUACUGGGAACGAGUUUUACCGACGAUCCAAGCAAACUUAUUCAGAUAUCAUCGCGGCUAACCAAGAAGCCCGAAAGGUACAGCAGAAAGAGGAAAAGGAAUCUGAGAGUCACAGUAUUGUCUUUGUCGAGGAGACCGCACGCUCUAAGCGACCUAGAUUAUCCGAAGAGAUCAAAAGAGUCAACCCCGAGACCGAAACAAAGGUGCAUACGGACAGUGAUGGCUUAUCAAAUGACCAAAACGAGAUAAUGGACAGUGAUCAGCCCACCCCGCACCACUCAGAAUGGCCAGCAAGUGCCCGGAGAAACGAUCAUGAUUGCUAUGCUGCUCCUGCUGACACGCCCGUCCCUUGUAAUCAUCACACCCCUUCGGACCAGAUUGGUCAUCCAUCACUACGCAAACCAACAACAAGGCACCCUUGGUCGGGCUCUACAUUAAGCGGAGGGGAGCAGCGAUCCAUAUCGGAGAAGCCUCAAUCGCAUCCAGUUCAAUCUCCAGUUUCUCAAAAGCUGUCAUCGGCUCUCCCAUCAAACAGUGAGCUGGUUGUCCGGAUUCUCGUCACAUCGGAUAUUCCAAAUACCAAGCCUUUUAUCUUCAGCCGCAAAUUGUCUCAAGGGUUACGGCAAGUUCGUUUGGAAUGGUGUAAGCGCCAGGGUCUUACUGAUGAGGCCACGGCGGCCAUAUAUCUGACAUGGCGAGGUCGGCGACUGUUCGAUGUAACCACUUGCAGAAGCCUAGGAAUUCAGAACGAGAAGAGCCGGGUAUCCCAGGCCACGGAAGACGAUAUGUCUGAAGAGCAGAAGGAAUUGCGCAUACAUAUGGAGGCUGUUACAGAUGAUCCUUCCCUCCUUGGCUGUCAAUAUUCCCUUCCAAUUGACGCUGGGCGCUGGUCCUCCCCUCCACCCCAUUCUGACGCUGGCCUGCAAAAAGACGAAGGAAACAAGCCUUUGAAAAUUGUUCUUCGAAGUCCAGGACUCAACGAUUUACGGAUCAAAGCAAGACCAAAAACACCGGUGUCGAAACUCAUCUCCGCUUUUCGGGAAAAACACUCUAUUGGAGCGGAUUACCAAGUGUCGCUCUCAUUUGAUGGCGAUCGACUGGAACCUCACACAUGCCUCGAAGAAAAUGAUAUCGCCGAUUUAGACAUGGUUGAGGUGCAGCUCAAACCGCAAACCUAG